AUGUCAACUCCCUCGACGAGAAAGCCCAUUGGUAACCCUGCCAAUAAUCCCACCAACGCUCCUCCGCGCCGGACUCCCAACGAGAAUAGUCCCAACCGUCCUCCUGUUGCAAGUGCUGUCCCAUCCAGUACCGCCCAAGGUCUUGCGCGCACUCCUUCCCUCCGACAGACCCGACUUGCAAGACGACCUACCAAUCGCAUGAGCAAUUCCUUUACUUCCCCUGAUGCCGAACCUGAAGACGAAGACACCAAAUCUGCAAAUGCUCAGUUGAUCGCAGAUCUCAAAGAGCAAGUUCUUCGGGCCGAACAGGCUUCAGAUCAGUACAGAAAACAACUCGAGGUCAUGCAAAAACGACUGGACGAUGCCGCUGGGGAGCAGACCACUGCCGAAGAGCGUGACUACCAACGGCAGAGCGAGAUCGAUCGCCUGCGGGUCGAGUACAAAGACUCAAUCCGUCAAUAUCGCGAACUCGAAUUGGCCUAUGAUGCCGACAAAAACACUUUUCUCCAUGAGAGGGAAAGACAAGCAGACAAGGAGGUCGAGCUGGAGGCCAAGAUCAGUCGGCUGACAGCAACCCUGAGAGCCAGAGAUGUUGACAGGACCACUGCAAGUCGAUCUGGGACAGACCUAAAGAACGACGUGGACAGUGCUAUUCAAGGCGCCUCCACCCCCGAUCAUUCCGAGGCUCUCCGCCAGAAAGAUGGAGCCAUUGAAGCCCUCCGCCUUGAUCUUGCCGAAGCACAACUCAAACUCGCUGAGCAGGAACAUGUUGGGGACGGACGAGUUCAGACUCUCGAAAAGGCACUCAUGGAACUCAAGGUUCAUAGUGCCCGGCUACUAGAAGAAAACGAGAGUUUCACAAUGCUUCUCAGCGAGAAGACACUCAAAGGCGAUUUUCUACAUGACAGUGGUGGUGAUAUGAGUGGGAUGAGCACCUUGGCAGAGGAACUCGAGUCAAGUGGAGAAGACACCGAAGGUCAGACCGAUGCGUAUAAGAAACUCGAGGGUGAAAAUCGCAGCCUUCGAGACCAGAACAAGGCUUUAGCUUUAUAUGUUGACAAGAUAAUCGGUCGUCUGCUACAACAUGAAGGCUUUGAGCACAUCAUUCAUGACAAGGAUGACCCGCCUAAGCCUCCAGCAAAAGCCACACCCAUCGAAAAAGCCCUUCCAGCCACACCUGAUCAACACCCAGCCCCUGCUGCUGCGUCAGUUAGUGGUGUUGCAAAUGGGCUAUUACAAAGAGCCAGAUCGGUGGUGUCACGACCAGGCGGCAAGGCACGUCCCAUGUCGUACGCUCAACCAUCGGCACCAUCGCCUACUGCAAACGAAAAUCCCGAGACGGCUCCCAGUAUUCCGAUUGGACGUGGACACCGCCGGGCACGUUCUGAUCAGGCACAGGUCGAUAUGGCUGCCGCAGGUGCUGCAGCUGCAGUUGUACAUCAAAUGAACCGAUCUUCCACCAUGCGGACGACUUCUGGCGGCCCAUUGAGCCCAGGAAUCCGACCGUUGAGUCCGCAAUUGUCUCAGAAUCGUCAAUCAUACUUCGGUCCCUCGACAAACCGAACCGCUUCUGCAUCUGGCCAACAAAAUGGCAGUUCAGCCAACAGUGUAACAAGCGAUCAUAGUGAUGAACAGCGAUCCGCGACCGACGGAAGUUCAACCGCUCAAAGCACCGUCGCCCCAAAUCAGCCCAACAUCCCCGGCGCUGUUAUGAAGCAGAACCACCUGAGACCAUUGAGAUUGGUUCAGGAACAAGUAGCGACUGAAGAAGAGUUGGCAAAACGUGCCAACCGCGGAAGUUGGAUGGGUUGGCUCAGAGGGAAUACCCCCGAGGCUCAGAAUGACUAG